AUAUAGAGAGGGAGGCAAGCAAUGAGGAAAAAAGAAAGCACAAGCCUUAAUCUCACUGUUUCUCUUCCAGCUGCUGAAGAAUCUUCCUUAUCUAAAUUCCUAACAAAGGAUGGUACAUUUAAGGAAGGAAAUCUUCUCGUUAACAAAGACGGAGUUCGGAUUCUUACUCCGAAUGAAGAUCAGAUUCCUCCUCCCAUAAAACCAUCAGAUGAGAUAAUGAUGAAUUUCGAUGACAUUGAAAAAGUUAAGGAAAUUGGAAGCGGUAGCAGUGGGCAUGUUCUACUGGUACGCCACAAAUGGACUGGCCAGUUUUUCGCUCUCAAGGUCAUUAAAAUGACAAUUGAUGAGAACAUACGCAAACAUAUCGUGGAGGAAUUGAAGAUUAACCAGUCUUCUCAAUGUCCUAAUGUCGUCGUAUAUUAUCAAACUUUUUAUGAUAAUGGAUUCAUAUCAAUAGUCUUGGAAUACAUGGAUGGAGGUUCUCUCGCAGACUUCCUAACCAAGGUUAAAAGAAUCCCAGAGCAGCAUCUUGCUGCCAUAAGUAAGCAGGUUCUGAAGGGUUUAAUGUAUCUCCAUCAUGAAAAACACAUAGUUCACAGAGACUUGAAACCAUCAAAUUUACUAAUCAAUCAUAAUGGAGAAGUCAAAAUAACAGACUUCGGCGUGAGUGCAAUUCUAUCCUGCACUUCUGAUCAGAGGGACACUUUUGUGGGCACUUACAGCUAUAUGUCUCCAGAGAGAAUCAGUGCAGGCACAUAUGGCUAUAAAAGUGAUAUCUGGAGCCUGGGAAUACUACUGCUAGAAUGUGCAACCGGGGAGUUUCCAUACACUCCACAAGAAGAAGAAGGUUGGAUUAGUUUUUAUGAGCUUUUGGAAGCCAUUGUGGAUCAUCCACCUCCCUGUGCACCUUCUGACAAAUUUUCUCCAGAGUUCUGCUCAUUUAUUUCUUCAUGUGCGCAGAAAGAUCCAAUGAAAAGACCAUCAGCUAGAGAACUCAUGGAUCAUCCGUUCAUCAAUAUGUAUGAAGAUGCAGAUGUCGAUCUUGCUAGUUACUUCACCAACAACGGAUCUCCUCUCGCCACUUUUACAAUAUGCUAGUUACUUCACCAACAACGGAUCUCCUCUCGCCACUUUUACAAUACCCAACUAAUUACACUACCUGUCUCGACAGUUACAUUCAUCAAUCUCUACCAGUAGUUUACAGACUGGAUUCUCUUAUGAUGUUAACUAGUAUUCAUUUUCAAUUCUUCCCACUAUGGACUAGUCCUGGUUGUGUUCAGUCACUAAUAAGAACACAAAAACUUCUCAGCAGUCGCCAAAUGCUAGCCACUGGAGGCAGUAGAUGGUCAGUACGUAGGUGCAAGUACAUUAGACCCUUCAGAUGAAAAUGUACAACUUUGUAAUACAAGCAAAACCUCAACAUAAGUUUUGCAGACUUGUACAAUUCAUAAUCGCAGAAAACUCUGCCGAAUUCGGUUUUU